UCCAUCUGGAGUAUCCAUUUUGUAGCAAGGCAUCCGACCAUGGACCUAAUGAAAGAAGUUAAAGAAGGGCUGUCCAGUAGUCCUAAGUAUAUUCCAGUCUCUUUGCGUUAUGACCAUCAGGGAUCAGAGUAUGAUGAACAAUGUUUACAUAUGGAGGACUUUUAUCAUUAUAGAGCAGAUGUGGAUCUUAUUAAGUCUUGUGCUAAGGAUGUGAUAUCCCAACUAUGUACUCCCUGUAAACUGUUUGACAUUGGAUGUGGAAAUGCUAAAAAAUCUCAAUUCUUCUUGGAUGAAUUACUACAGCUUCAAAACACCGUAGAAUAUGCACCUGUUGACAUUUCAAAAGAUUUUCUAGAUGAAGUUUGUAAUGCCCUCCGGCAUACUUAUGGGGAUCGUCUCAAAAUUGAUCCAAUGGCAGACGAUUUUUUCCGGGCAUUGUCCAAGAUCAGGAGCUAUAGAGGUAACAAAGCUCUUCUCUGGAUAAGCGGACUACAGGUGUUUCCAAAAGAUAUGCAGCUAGAUAUAUUGUCAAAGUUUUUCUCGGCCUUAGAAGGAAAUGGUGCCUGUAUGAUAACUGCUGAUAUUACUCAAAGUAGAGAGGCCAUUGAAAAAGCCUACCUUAAUUUUGAUGAGGAAAAUCCUUGUGCAAAAUUGUACGCAAAUGGAUUCCAUGUGUUAAAUAGAAUGUUUGAAGCAAAUAUCAAUGUGUCACAAUUUAAACUGGAGGGAAGAUAUGUAGAAGAUAAGGACGUUUCUAGUGCCAGCUACCUACAAGUGUGGAUGCGUUCUCUAUGUAAACAGUCGUAUGAAAUAGAUAAGUUGGGAAUGACAAUAUCUUUUGAAGAAGGCGAAAAAUUAAUGCUCCAUGGAGGGAAUGGACUUAGUCACAAAUACACUAUUAGCCAACUGGAAUAUCUAUUCGAAAAGGCACAUUUUCGUAUUUUAAAGAUAUGGAAAAAUGAAAAUUCAGCCUUGUUACUUUGUGAGCGUAAAAAGUAAAAUUAAUAUAUACGUAUUGUAAAUUUAUGUUUAGGUGAUUAUAUUUUUCUAAUCAGAAUUAGAUAGGUUUGACAUUAAACAUCAUUUUCAUAUAUACCUCAUAUUUUUCAUUUAUUGUGAGAUAAAAAAUUAUUGAUGUUUCUAAUUACAAUUUCAAAUUUUCUUCACAUCAUGAUUACACAUAAUAUU